CUCUCCUCCUCCCACUUCAGUGGUCGAGGGGCAGAGAAAAAAGCAUCUCCAUGUCAGAGUAAACACUGCAGGCAGGGCAAGGGUAUGACUGGGUAGAAAGCAACUUUGCAGAAAAGACAGCUUUUGGUUUUCAUCAUCCUUGUCCCUUCCUAGCAGAUCAUUUUACAUAUUCCCAGAGUAGCACAGUGGUAAGAUGUGACACAGAACAUGAGAAAUUUGGGUUAGAUACUUUUUCACCUGUAGGAUAUUAAGACUUGGAACAGGCUGCCCAGAGAAUUUGCCAAAACAUCCUUGAAAUUUUUAAAAACUUUACUGGACAAGACCUUUUCCAGUUGGACUGCUUUGAGAAGAGGAAGGACCAGAGAUUGUAAAACUUUCUUCCAAACUACAUUAUUCUGUGUUUCUACAAAGUUACCUGGAAUGUGAUGGGUUUUCAAACCUACACUCAGGCUGAAGCUGAGCUGCCAGGAGCUGUAUAGAGGAAAUGGUAAAGCCACCUUCCUAGAAAGAGGAAUUCCUGUGGGAUAUGCACACUGACCUCUGAACUACUUGGACUAGAAUUGAACAUGUUGCAAUUGUAAACAAUUGUGGAAAUUUUCCCACAGGAUUGAAAAUGAUGAUUAAGAUGCAAGUUUGGGAUGGUCUUGUCUUCAAAGAGACCAGAAAUGCUUCCUUAUUUGUGAUAUGCCAAUACAGAUAAUACAUCAGAAAUCUUAACACAUCAGAAUCUAUGGAACACAUACUAGGAGUCACAAAUUCCAAUAUUUGAAAGAAAUUUAAGGAGCGUUGCCUAAACACUGCUUCAGUUCAGCUGAGGUUGUAUGACUCAUGCCUCUAUUUCCAAAAGAAUUUUGAGCCAUAAACUCUGUGCACCAAGAUGGAGAUAUUUUGGAGGAUGCAUAGUGGGGGAUUGGCUUAGUGGUUUGUUUUGGGGGAUAUUUUUGUUAUUAGUUAGUCUCUGCAGAAUUCUUUGUGUUUUGCAGGUGGCUCAUCUGGGCAUUAUGUUUAGACAACACUUUGUUCAGUGCUCUGCAGCUCACCAUUGAUUCACAGAUCUCAGGAGACUGAUGAAAGCAAUUUAAUUCCCAUAUGAUGGUGUUGAUAUUUUGCCCAUUUGGGCAUGAUAAGAAGACUUUUUUUCACCCUCCAAGUAGGUCAUAAGAGACUUCUGGUAGAGUUUGCAAAGCUGCCUCCUGUAUCCUGCCUGAAUAAAUACCAGCCCCCAGGAACUUGUGGCAGUCCUUUGCAGUAUUGACCUCUUAGCCACAAGUGUGCCAAGUAGAUAUGGAAGGAAAAAGGAGUACAGAAAUUCUCUGUCUUUUAGCUCCAUGAAGAGUCAUUUUGCCCUUAGCUUUGCUUUCUGUCUCACUCUCAGAGAAAAUUGUAUUGUGGGUAUUGAUGCGAGGUUUGUGCACAAUUACCUCUUUUUUAAAACGUGUAAUUUUUGUACUUGGAAAAAUAGCCAGCUUCAACAGGCAAAGUCUUUUCUUUGCACUUGUAUUUAGGCAAGAGUCUGAAAGCUAGAAUUUCAUCUAUACCUCUUCAAAAGCAGGUGACUGACUAAAAUUUUGGUAAGUCUGUAAUAUUAUCAAAUCUACUGUUUCCAAGAGAGCUUGUUCAAGCAGCAGACUAAAAGCAUUUUCAGGGCAGUAUGAUCAGAUUUUUAGAGUGGACACAUACGUACAUAAACUAUCUUUAAGCUACAUACUGAUGUUCUUUUACUAAGAAAUAAAUUUAGAAGUUUUCUAUUUGCUUACUGUUUUCACGCUGAAAUAAUAAACUGAAGAAGUGUGAGAAAGAGUGACUGGACUGGAGAUAUAUGAUACUGAUUUUCAAAAAUCAUUUAUUUUUCAAUAAAAGCAUAUAGUACAAAGGAACAAAGAUGAUGGAAUGUAUCUAUAUGUGUUUUAAUCUAUUCACAGGAAAUAUUUUGGAGUUGUUUUUGCAUUAGUUGUAUUCAUCAAUGUUAAUCAUCACUGCAUUGAAUGUACUGAGAAAACUAUCUGCCUUGUAGAAUUUGCAUCUAUACUGCAAGAUGGAAAACUCUGUGCCUACCUGCACAGAGUAAAAAUGAUCUCAAGACUUUGUUCUUUAUCAAAUUUGGUUAGAAUUUAUACAUAGUGACAAACAAACUUACCUGAAACAGAAAAAAAAAGUGAAAGUGAGUGUUUACUCAUUGUCAUUUAAAAGACCUGGACCUGGUUGAUGGUCGCAUUUUCAUUUUAGAGGUCUUUUUCAGCCUUAAUGAUUCCAUGACAUUGUCUCAGUGGGAUGAGUGAAUUUGUCUGGAACUUGCACCAGCUAUUCUGGCUCCUGCAAAUUGUCUUGCUCCAUCACAGUGUUGUAGAAGAUGAGGUGCUGUUUUUUGUCCUAUUCAUCCACUGCUGCUCAAAAAAAGAUGCCUUUUAUGCAAAAUAUACAGUCCAUUAUCAAAACCAAUUUGCGAUUGCCUGCUGGGGCAUCCUCUUCCUUUAUUCUCAGCAACAUACAGAAGAAAUGAUGAUGAUUGUAUGAUACCUUGGAGCACCUCCUGCUAGCUGCUGAUGGAAAAAAAGUGUAAAUGGUGCAAUUUUUAAGAUCAAAGAGCUGUCUGGAAGAGAUGGCAACCGUUAGAAACGUGUAAGUUUAAACUGGUUUAAUGAAAUCUAAGCACAACAGUAAAUAGAAAGAAAACAUCAGGAGUAAUGUUAUGAGUUAGAAGCUCAGUUGAUGAGAUAAAAAGAUGUAGCAGGAAGUUACAGCUAAGCAGAACUGAAAUAUGGAUGUGGCUGAAGGUGAAGAAGCAGCAAUAUUUUACACCUUACAUAUUCAGCUAUUAUGCAUAGCUGGACAUUUCUGGUUUAGUAUUUUUCCUUCUGCAAUAUUUUACCCUGUUCUAGACAGAAAGUUCAAGACUGCAAAAGCCUUUAUCCAUGUUAAUUUCUUGAGUUCCCAUGUAGGUUUUGUGUUUGAUUACAUAUGUUAUGUUUUGCUCUCUUCUACACUUGUUUGUAUUAAAAUAGCAGAGAUACAAACGAGUUAUGUAAUACUGUUACCCCUCGCAACUGUAAAGACAUUUUGCCUUUGCUUCUUACUGUUCUAGCAAUGCUGAACCAAACAGGGGUCAGUGAAUUCCUCCUUUUGGGUCUCACCAGUAUCCAGGGGCUGCAGCACUUUUUCUUCACCUCCUUUCUGCUGCUCUACUCGGCCACUCUUCUGGGAAACAGCAUCAUUGUGAUCGUGGUGAUAUCUGAGCCCCGGCUCCACACACCAAUGUACUUCUUCCUGGGGAACCUGUCCUGCCUGGAUAUGUUCCUCUCCACAGUCACUGUUCCGAAGAUGUUGACUGGCUUCCUCUUCGGGCACCAGCCCAUCUCUUUUGGGGGGUGCUUGGCCCAGCUGCACUUCUUCCACUUCCUGGGCAGCACAGAGGCUGUGCUCCUGGCCGGGAUGGCCUACGACCGAUACGUGGCCAUUUGCAACCCUCUGCACUAUGCCCUGGUCAUGAGCCCACGGACUUGUCUGCUGCUGGCUGUGGCCAGCUGGUCCACUGGGUUUGUACAUGCUGUGGUGCACUCAGUCAUGACCUCUCAGCUGAGUUUCUGUGGCCACAACCAAAUUCAGCACUUCUUCUGUGACAUCAAGCCACUGCUGAAUUUGGCUUGCAGUAGGACCAGACUCAACAUGACACUCCUCAAUGUUGUUACCACAUCUAUUGUUUUAGGGCCCUUCACUCUCGUCGUCCCUUCCUACCUCUAUAUUAUCUCCUUCCUCUUCUAUAAAGUCCAGUCCCAGGAAGGAAGAUGGAAACUCUUCUCCACCUGUGCCUCCCAUCUCACUGUUGUAGUACUGUUUUAUAUUCCAGUGCUCCUCAAUUACACACCACCCUCCUCAGGAAACUCCACUCAAAUGGAUGUGCAAGUGACUCUCAUAUACAGUGCUGUCACUCCAGCUCUGAACCCCUUAAUCUACACACUUAGGAACCAGGAGGUGAAAACUGCCCUGAAAAAAACCUUACGGAGAAAAGUCUUUCCUGGAGGAAAGUGACUGAAACAAGGAGAAGACUCAGAAUAUGGCUGCUCCACCUCUCUUAUUUACAAGGAGAAAGGUAAAAAGGACACCACACUGCAAGAGACUGUAAAACUACUGAUUAUCUCAUGCGGUUUGACACAUUUAGAAGUUAAUUGUGUAGAUCUACAUCAGGAGAGAUAUUCCUAGCUUGUGAGUAGCUAAAAGUUAGGUCAGGGAAGUCUUCUUCUAAGGAAUAUUCAAGGAUAAUUUCUGUGACUUUACUUGUAGCCAGUUUCUACAGACAAUCUUAGUGACAAUUACUCCUUAGGAGAGCAUGGAGUCCUUCCUUCUGAGGCACAACCACCUCUGAAGUAACAAGCUGGGAAUUUCAGAAAUCAGCAAUACUACUGUUUGUUGCUUCUCCUUGAUAUGGUUUUCUCUCAAAGGAAAAGAAAGGGAAGAAACUACACUCAGCCCAUUGGAUUCUCCUCCCACUUCAGAAAAGUGAAGGAAGAUCAUAGGCAAGAAAAAAUAAUCCAGCCUUCCUGGAAAUAGCAUGAAAAUACAAUUUUUUGUUUAAUUUUGCUGCAAGAUCACAAAAGUUCCCCUUUGUGGGCUAGAGAAUGCAGCAGAUUAAUGACCAUAAGUGAUUAUCUACUCUAUCCACCUGCCUCUCUUCGUGGUUCUUGACAAGUCAGGUCAUUGGCUAGUUUCAUUUUGGGUUAUGGUUAGCUGCUGUCAUUCAUCCUGAAGCAAAAUGUUUUAGCUUGUUCAUAUCCUCUUAAUGUCUUAAAAUUAAAGUUUUAUUUUAAAUGUAUAUAUUGAUCUAUUUCUAAAUGAAAAGUUGUUGUUUGGAAAUUAAAAAUACACAAUUCUGGUAAAAAAACCCUUUUUCCCCCUGAAUUUUAAUCCUUUAAUUUGGUUGCCAAGGUUGCUUUUCUAAAGAUGACUGAAAUCAAGCAAAUAUUCCCCAUAUUCCCCAUGCAUCUAUUAUUAUAUUUUUCAUUUUUUGGAAAAAAGUAGAGCCCAUGUGUGCAUGAGUUGUGUUCUUAUUACUUUAGCUAUCUCACUAUUCACAAUACUUUCUUUCUCUACUAAUAAAAAUUCUUAUUUCCCUGCCUAUCUACCUAUCAAAUAUUUUUUACAUCAGCCUGAUAAUUGUCUUACCAAAUAUUUGUCUGUUUAAUUCUUGGAUGAGCACCAUCACUGACCCCCACCUUUGCUCUCUCAUGUUAUGAUGCUCAUAUCUAUGCAUCGAUUUGAGUGUCUUCUCAUCAUGUGCCUGCCUCUGGCAACACAGCCUGCAUUGGUUAUGUUGGUUUGUGGUCGUGAAAGAGUUUGAAAGUGUUCAUCUUCAAAGUGUUAGAAAAUGCUAUUUGGUUUUUUUGAAAAUUUUAUCUGUGUCACGGUUUUUGGUACAGUUUUACCUGAGCGUGCAGGUAGUUUCACAAGUGCAGCACCUGUGGCAAUUGGAGCUGUCACUAGAUUUGCAAUGCAGUGUUGUUUCUGAGGAUGGUGAGAGGGACGAUUUUAUCAUGGACAUCUUUGUGACUCCUGAAGGAAACAGCCAAAGACACAGAUUCCACAAGUUGCUUAACCACAAAGAUAACUUUGCUUGGUUUUGUUUGACAGCAUCAACCUCCAUUGGAGAAUGAUGCUUACUAGGUUCAUUUGGAGUAUAUUAAUUGACAUCAUGUCUUGAAUAAGAAACAAGAAAUCCUCUGUUGCAUCAUUAAAAGUUGAAGUGGAGCAAACCUUUCUCAAAGACUGUUUCUCCUAUUAGCCACCUGAUGACUGUAACAGAGAAUUAGCAGUAAGAAAAAGUUUGUUCCAGCGUACUUGAUCUACCAAGCCCUUGGGUAAAAAUUACACAGGGUGAAGGAUGGUGAACUUUAUUGUAGUUUUAAUGGGGCCUGUGAGGUUAUUAGUGAUGGAACAACUGAAGUAGCUCUCCCAAGAGGCAGGAGCAGAAAAUCACAGCAUGGUUACAGGAAAAUAAAGGAACAAAUGCUUUCACCAAGCAGCUCCUUUGAUGUGUCCUGUCACAGAAAGGGGCCAAGUGCUGGCCCACACCGAGACCUUUUCAGGCCUCAUGUGCCUCAGACUUCCCUCUGGUCAGUGUGGGACUUGCAGAGGAGACAUCCAGGCUCUCAGGAUGCCUGGGCAGAGGUGUAUGAGCCUGGCCCACACAUCACUGCUGUCCCAGCCUUGGUGCCCCCCUGCCCUGUGGUCCCGGGCUCAAGCACUGCUGCUCUGUCCUGAUACACAACUCUCGCCUUUCAUGGCACCCUCUGGCCCAGCCUGAAGACCCCUGGCAGUCCAGUCUCACAGAGAUGGUGCCCAGCUUCUCCACAGAGUCCCUCCUGCCCCAGACCAGAUCCCC